AGGGUGGGGGCCAGGGCUCAGGGUGGGCAUCCUGGGCUGGGCAGGUGGCCGAGGUGUGGUGGCAGGGGAGAAUGCGCCUCUCCAAAACCCUUGUCGACAUGGACAUGGCCGACUACAGUGCUGCGCUGGACCCAGCCUACACCACCCUGGAGUUUGAGAAUGUGCAGGUGUUGACGAUGGGCAAUGACACAUCCCCUUCAGAAAACGCCAACCUCAACGCACCCAACAGCCUGGGUGUCAGCGCCCUGUGCGCCAUCUGUGGGGACCGGGCCACAGGGAAACACUACGGAGCCUCGAGCUGUGACGGCUGCAAAGGCUUCUUCCGGAGGAGCGUAAGGAAGAACCACAUGUACUCCUGCAGAUUUAGCCGGCAGUGCGUGGUGGACAAAGACAAGAGGAACCAGUGCCGUUACUGCAGGCUCAAGAAGUGCUUCCGGGCUGGCAUGAAGAAGGAAGCUGUCCAGAAUGAGCGGGACCGCAUCAGCACUCGCAGAUCGAGCUAUGAGGACAGCAGCCUGCCCUCCAUCAAUGCGCUCCUACAGGCCGAAGUGCUGUCUCAGCAGAUCACCUCCCCUGUCUCUGGGAUCAAUGGCGACAUCCGGGCCAAGAAGAUCGCCAGCAUCGCGGACGUGUGCGAGUCCAUGAAGGAGCAGCUGCUGGUGCUUGUCGAGUGGGCCAAGUACAUCCCGGCGUUCUGCGAGCUCCCCCUGGACGACCAGGUCGCCCUGCUCAGGGCCCAUGCUGGCGAGCACCUGCUGCUUGGAGCCACCAAGAGAUCCAUGGUGUUCAAGGACGUGUUGCUCCUAGGCAAUGACUACAUUGUCCCCCGGCACUGCCCGGAGCUGGCGGAGAUGAGCCGCGUGUCCGUGCGCAUCCUGGAUGAGCUGGUGUUGCCCUUCCAGGAACUGCAGAUCGACGACAAUGAGUACGCCUGCCUCAAAGCCAUCAUCUUCUUCGACCCAGAUGCCAAGGGGCUGAGCGACCCGGGCAAGAUCAAGAGGCUACGUUCCCAGGUGCAGGUGAGCCUGGAGGACUACAUCAACGACCGGCAGUACGACUCGCGCGGCCGCUUUGGUGAGCUGCUGCUGCUGUUGCCCACGCUGCAGAGCAUCACCUGGCAGAUGAUCGAGCAGAUCCAGUUCAUCAAGCUCUUCGGCAUGGCCAAGAUUGACAACCUGCUGCAGGAGAUGCUGCUGGGAGGGUCCUCCAGUGAUGCACCCCAUGCCCACCAUCCUCUGCACCCUCACCUGAUGCAGGAACAUAUGGGCACCAAUGUCAUUGUUGCCAACACGAUGCCUGCUCAUCUCAGCAAUGGACAGAUGUGUGAGUGGCCCCGCCCUAGGGGGCAGGCAGCCACCCCUGAGACUCCACAGCCCUCCCCGCCAGGUGGCUCAGGAUCUGAGCCCUAUAAGCUCCUGCCGGGAGCCAUCACCACAAUUGUCAAGCCUCCCUCUGCCAUCCCACAGCCAACCAUCACCAAGCAAGAGGUCAUCUAGCAAGCAGCUGGGGGUCGGGGGUUCUGCUGGCUUCCCCCACCCCCCUCAAAGAGCGCCUGGUGAUCACUUGAUCAUAGCCAAGGAGGGCGUGACAACAGGGCCAGUCCCAGAACAGUAAUGGAGAAGGA